GAUAUUAAAAUAAAUAAACAAUGGAGAACGAUGUGUGGUGGAACUAUAAUCGGUAAGAGGACGAUUCUUACAGCAGCUCAUUGCUUGGAUGGGAGUCGUGGCGAAAUCCAAAGAAUUAAAAUUUACCUUGGAGCUGUGGAUAAAAGUAAUAGCACAGAAACUGGACAACAAAUUGUGAUUGUGGAAGCUGGCAGUUAUGUGAUUCAUGAAGAGUGGGAUCUGUGUGAAAUUAUCAAUGAUAUUGCUUUAAUCAAACUACCAACUGAUCUGGAGUUCAACCAGUAUAUUCAACCAGCUAAAUUGCCAGAACCCAAGAGCCUUCAUGCAGACACAAAUGCUAUUGUCUCCGGUUGGGGCCUAGUAAAUGGUCAUGCAUCUACUCAGCAUUUGCAGUAUGCGAGCGUAAAAACUAUAUCCAAUAAGCAAUGUGAGUCCUUAAAAGAUUCAAACAAAAAGUUUUAUUCACAUUGGCUAUGCGUCGCACCAAGUAAGAGUGUUACGUGUUUUGGAGACUCUGGUGGUCCACUGGUAGAAAAAAACCCUGAUGGCUCUAGCACUGUGAUUGGUAUCGUAUCGUUUGGAGUAGAGGGUUGCCCUAUUAAUACCCUGAGAUUUUUUACUCGUGUUUCAUAUUUUCUAACCUGGAUCGCUCAACAUAGUAGUGAGCCAUAAAACAACUUAACAAAAAUCAUG